AUGCCGCUACCGAAGCGCCUGGUGCAGCCGGUGUUUGUGGCCCGAUCGGUGUACGUGCGCGAAGAGCUGCCGGCCGAACUGGAAACGGUCACCAAUACGACGCUCACGAACAUCGUUCGCCAACUGUCGUCACUGUCGAAGCAUGCCGAAGAUCUGUUCGGUGAGCUGGCCCGAGAUGCGGGAGGCCUGGCGGAGCGUGCCAACUCACUGCAGGCACGGAUCGAUCGGCUCGCGAUCAAAGUGACGCAGCUGGACAGUACGGUCGAGGAGGUGUCCCUGCAGGACAUUCAGCUGAAGAAAGCGUUCAAAAGUGCGACCAUGUUCGAUCAGCAGAUAUUUUCCCGCGCCACCAUGCCCUCGGCCAUGCUGGAGGUUUACAAGGCUUGUGACAAACCACCGCCACUGGACAAACUAAACUGCUAUCGGGACGACGGAAAGGACGGGCUCAAGUUCUACACCGAUCCGAACUACUUCUUCGAACUGUGGCGUCAGGAGAUGCUGAAAGACACGGAGCGAGUGAUGCACGAUCGCGGCAAGAAAGUGCACAAACCGCGCGGAACCGACGGAACUGGCGGCGGUCCGGAUGGGGGUGGUGGCCGACAGAAGAAGCGCCCCCGGGCGCCACACAAUACGCGCGAAAAGCAACGCCAGCGAGCAAUCGGCCACGGCGAAACGCUGAUGCCCAACAACGUCAUCUACCGGACACCGAAUGCGAUCAUCGGCGCGAACGAUGAUGCCACAUCGAUCUAUAACAGUGCGGCCGCGAUGGCCGGCGCCAAUAUGAUGUACGAUUCACGUUCCUCCUCGGCGAUGGGUGGGGCGGCCGGAUUGGCCGGAGCGGCGCGACCCAACUCGAUCGAACUGCGACGAAGUUACCAACCGAACGAGAUGGUGGAUGGCUACGCACCGCCGUCACCGGGCACGUACCACCAGCAACAGAUAGCGGCCGCUCAGCAACACCAACAGAACAGCGUCUACCAACAGCAGCUUCAGCACCAUCAACACCAACAACCGAUCUACGAUCAGUACGGUAACCCGUCGUCAUUGUACGGCUCGAGCCAGAACCAGAUGUCGCAGGAAAGCCUGUACGCGCCCGGUACACCAUCCCGCUCGAAAUCGCGGCCAUCGCAACCUCCACCGGCGCCACCCUCGUCCGGCAGUGGCGGCGGUACGCCGAAUGCGUCCAACGCGAACACACCGACGCGCAGCCGAAGCUUGUCCACGGGCAGAGACAAUCUGCCACCGCCGCCACCGAUACCGGAGGGGCUGCAGUCGCCGCCUCACGCGCUCACCAACGGUGGGGCGAAUGUGGCCGCCAAGCUACUGAACCGAUCCGGAUCGCGCUCCGGCUCACCGCAGCUUACGAUGAGUGGCCAGCAGCAGCAGCACCAGCAAAUGGCGGUACAGUCGAUGAUGGACCAGAACCAACUGGCGCUCGCUCAGCUCAACCAGCAGAUCAACAAUCUGAACUCACUCAACAUGCAGCUGAACCAGAUGUCUAUGAACGAUCUGCCGCCACCGCCACCGAUACCGGAACAGCUAUCACCCAAACAGUCACCACCGAACGUGGCCCCACCGCCACCACCGCCUCCACCGCCGAUGCUGGACGGACCGAUGAGCCCCUCGAAGGCGCACCUUGCCAACGGCGACCUAUACAAUCUUCCGAAGAUGCAUCAGCUAAAGAAGAUUCCACCACAGGAAAAGAUUGCUUACGACGAUCCGCGCAGUGAUCUGAUGAAGGCUAUCCGAGACGGUAUCAAACUGCGCAAGGUGGAAAAGCAAAACCACGAAGCGAAGGAAAACGAUCGCAACAAGGGACUGCACGAUGUGGCCUCGAUUUUGGCGCGGCGCGUCGCCAUCGAGCUGUCCGAAUCCGAAUCCUCGGAGAGUGACGACGAUAGCGAGGGUUGGCAGGAAACGAACGAAACGUCCGCAUGACAUCCGGAGAGUGUGGCCGCCGGUGGCGGUGGGAAGAAGAAGUAGAACAACGUCCGGUGGUUUCCCAAGCCCCAGCGGGAAUGAGGAAAACACACCGCCGUCGUUGUCGCCGUUCGAUCGGUGGGCGAGCAACACUGUCGUCGCAGUUCGCAGUGUCUCGCCCUGUUCUGGCCAAAAGCAG